AGUCCCAUCAGGUCACGUGGUACGAGGAGGACGGCCAUCUUUCUAAAACACAAACAACAAGAGUAGCAAGCUGACCAGACAUCAACACGCAGCGACCGUUGGAGUGGGUUAAAUCAUUAAUUAAACAAUUGAACACGAUUCCAUGAAGAAAACGCUAUUCUUUUGGAAAACGUGAACAGGAGGAGAACAGACACCCAUGCACGCACAUCUAAAGUGACGAUUGUAAACAACGACUGCAUAUUAAAAAUACAGUUGCCUCAAAUAUAAGGUGCUGGACGAGAAGAAUCAGACGGAAAGGGAUCAGAAUAGGGGGUCACCGCAGAGGACCUCAGUGGACGCACAUUUCUGCCGGAGCGAGGGAGCGACGACAAGAACGAGAGAGCGAUUGAGAGCAAGAGAGGUGUCGUGUCGUGUGACAUCACGUCGGCUGCUGGCAGCUGCUACCCCAGCUGGUCCGCUCUCUCCCGCCCCCUACCUACCCCACCCCUCCCCACUUUACCCCCACCACCCCCCCAUCAGUGAGUCGCCCCCUCAAAAGCUCGGCGUGAUCGUACCUGUUUCUCUUCAAGCGGCACUCAUGGUAUACCUCUGCUGUCAACCCAGCCUGUAGGCCACUGGGGCCGAGCUUUCAUUUUCCACGAACACUCGUUUAUAGUUUUAUUCAUUUUUGCGAUUUGCUGUUUUGUUUGUUUCUCUCUUUCUGUGAGAGUUAUUGGCAGAGUGUAUUGUUUUGGCUUGCUGUUCUUUUUUUUUUAAAUCGACUUUUGGUUGAUUUGCGUUUUUUUGAUCUCUCUCCCACCCCAUCCCUCUCCUGUUUGAGGCAGCUAUCCCCACCCUCUUCCUUAUCCUGGGAGUUCUCCCUCCGUCACACAGGCACGCACGCAGAUACACACAGGCUUGCAGCCACUUAAGACGCACACAAACACCCGUAGAGAAUAACACAAACACACACACAAUCACAAUCACUGGACCCGAACGGGACUCACGGAUCCACACACAACCCACCUGCUCCGCUCAUCAGGACAGGACUUUCAGCUCUUGGAGGACGAGAGGAAUAUGACUGCUGAGACUCUCAACUUCGGCCCAGAAUGGCUCCGUGCACUAUCCAGUGGGGGCAGCGUGACUUCCCCCCCUCCCUCCCCCGCCAUGCCAAAGUACAAACUGGCCGACUACCGGUACGGCCGCGAGGAGAUGCUAGCACUUUAUAUCAAAGACAACAAGGCUCCUGAGGACAUGCAGGAUAAGGAGUUUGCUGCUAUUCUGCAGGAGGAGCCAAUGCAGCCUCUGGCACUGGUCCCACUGACUGAGGAGGAGCAGAGGAACUUCUCCAUGUCGGUUAACAGUGUCGCUGUCCUAAGGCUCAUGGGUAAAGGGGGCGGGGCCAUCCCCUCCGGCGUGGCUCGUGGCCGAGGCAGCACACGAGGAGCUAGAGGAAGAGGAAGAGGAGAAAGUGGAUUCUACCAAAGAAGUAUUGAAGAUGGAGAGGUGGGCUUUGGACGCUGCAGCAGAGAAAUCCACCGCAGCCAAAGCUGGGAUGAUAGGGGUGAGCGGCGCUUUGAAAAGCCGCUGCGUCGUGACGGGGUGCGCGUGUGUUUCGAGGAGACGGCGGCGGUGGUCAGCACGGGCGUCAUCAGCCUCGCCAGUCCCGCUGUCCCCGGUCGUAAGGACUUCACGCGCUCGGACAGCGACAACUGGCGCACGCUUCGCGAGGAGCAAGAGGACGAGGAGGGGGCCGAUCCCGGGGGGAGCUGGAGACUGGCGGUCUCACGCCGAGACGAUGGCGGUCCUCGCUCGGCGGGCUGGCGGGAGCACCCUGGCGACGGGCGGCGCAGGAAGUUUGACUUUGACUUCGCGGAGGCGGGCGAGGGCAGGCGCAGACGGACCGGCAGCGACGGCCAUGAGGACGACAGGGACGGCCUGCCGGAGUGGUGCACGGACGAGGAGGACGGAGAGAUGGGCACCUUCGACUCUUCUGGGGCCUUCAUGCCCUUGAGGAAGGGCUCCAAAGACCCCAUCCCUGAGGAGCACGAGUUGGACUUCCAGGGCUUGGAGGAUGAGGACGACGAGAUGAUCGCCAUGGCCACCACCGCCGCCGGAGAGGAUGAGAAGAACAGCAGCGGUGAAGGGGAGAGACUGGAGAAAGCAGAUGUGAAGGAAGCCAUGCUUGAGAUGGAGGUGAAGCCAAUCUCGCCCUCCUCUCCCUCCUCUCCUCCCUCCCUCCCCCUCUCCUCCAUGGCUGUGGCCCCCCCUCCUCGAUCUGCACCCGUGGUUGCCCCCCCUGCUGGUCUGGAAGAGCCACGGCAACACGCCAUCAGCAAGAGCACCAGUGAAGAGGGAGCUCCUCAGCUCAGCCCCUCCUCCUCCAGUCUGCCUUCCCCUCCUCCCUCAGCUGCUACUCACCUCCCACCAAUGGGGGGCGACACCGAGGAUGACGAGGGCAUGAAGCACCUGCAGCAGGAGGCUGAGAAGAUGGUGGCGUCCCUGCAGGACUCGUCUCUGGAUGAGGAAUGCUUCACGCAGGCGCUGCAGGAGAGCAGAAACACGGCGGCCGCUCUGCCCCUCUCCCACGAGGCAGCCAUGAAGUGGUUCUACAAGGACCCGCAGGGAGAGAUCCAGGGUCCCUUCACCACUCUGGAGAUGUGCGAGUGGUUCCAGGCGGGCUACUUCUCCAUGACGCUGUUGGUAAAGCGUGGCUGUGACGAGGGCUUCCAGCCACUAGGCGACGUCAUCAAGAUGUGGGGGCGCGUACCCUUCGCCCCCGGGCCCUCACCCCCGCCCCUCCUGGUGAGACAGCAACCCCCCCCACGCCAGCCAGCAGCCAGGAGCUCCACCGGGAGCAUGGAUCAGGAGCGCCAGCUAAAGAAGCAGCAGGAGCUGGCGGCCGCAACGGCACUCUAUCAGCAACUCCAGCAGCAGCAGUUAUUCCAGCUCAUCAACAGCAGGUGUGGCGAGCAGGGUAUGAUGCCUUCGAUGAACAGGUCAAUGUCAGUGCCAGAUACAGGGUCCAUGUGGGACAUGCAUACCUCAGCUUCACAGCCGACAGGCAGUGAAGCCAGUCUAUGGGACUUAACAAUGAAUUCUUCAACUCAGGGUCCAACUCUUGAACAGCUUCAAAAGCUCCAGCAGGAGAGGAGAGAGGCUGAACUCAGGGCCAAGCGUGAGGAGGAGGAGAGAAAAAGGAGAGAGGAGAAGAGGAGGCAACAACAAGAGGAGCACAAGAGGAGAGAGGAGGAGGAGAUGUUCCGACGCAAGCAGUGCCGUCAGCAGCAGGAAUUGAUCAUGAAGCUGCUGGCUCAGAACCAGAGUCAGGGGUCCUCAGCGCCGGGCUCGGGCUGGUCCGGAGGCCCUGCGGUUGGGCUGGGCAAGCCAGGCAAGGCCCUGGGGCUCCUGGAGCUCCAGCAGGAGGCGGAGAGGCUGAAGCUGCAACAGAGAGCCCAGCAGCAGCAGCAGCAGCAGCAGCAGCGUGAGAGGCAGCAUGCUGGCAUGAUGUCGGGGCAGUGGGGGGAGGGGGUGGGCGGCCUCUGGGCCAGUGGGAGUGGCCUGGAGGGGAAGUCCGGUGCUGGAGGCGGGGCCUCUGGUGGCAUGGGCAUGUGGGACGAAGCUGUGAAGAACCAGGCGAGCAUGCGGGGCAUGAGCCACAAGAACAGCAGGAGCAGCCCCUCACUCAGUGAGCAGUAUAUGCUGCGCCGUAAGCGCACGGACGAGGAGGAUAAACUGCUGAAGCUGCUGCAGGGCAUGAAGCCUCAGGACGGCUUCACCACCUGGUGUGAACAGAUGCUGCACGCCCUCAACAGCACCACCAACAACAACGCCUCCGCACUGGACGUGGCCACCAUCGUGGCGUAUCUGAAGGAGGUGGAGUCUCCGUAUGAGGUGCUGGACUUCAUCCGCUCCUAUCUGGGGGACACCAUGGAAGCCAAAGAGUUCGCCAAGCAGUUCCUGGAGCGACGUGCCAAACAGAAGGCCAACCACCAGAGACAACAGCAGCAACAGCUCUCUAAGGAGGUGGCUGGACUGACCAUGAACAACUUCGCUCUACAGGAUUCCAUGCGCGGCGUGACCCCCAGCGCUCUGCAGUCCAUGUUCCAGGCGGCCCAUGCCGGGAAAGCGAGCAUGGCCUACGAGCAGGCCAAGCUGACGAAGAAGAAACAGCCCAUGAUGCUGCAUUCUGACCCGAGCAUCCUUGGGUACUCAUUCCACAGUGCUGGGGACCGGCUGAGCCUAAAUGAAAUGGAGAUGGUGGAGGAUUACUGAUCUACAGCAAUAGCUACCUGAGGCCUUUUUUUCUAUAUGUAAAAAAACAAAACAAAAAAAACAACAACAACGUGGUGUCCAAGUAAUCGGACACUGCGACGACCAAUGUGCACUGCUAUGGGUUGGGGGGUGGGGUGGGAGGGGGGGUGUGAAUGCCAGAACGAUCCAGUUUGGGAGGUGGGUGGGGAGUAGCCUCUGAAGAAGUGGUGUCAGGUGUGUGUAGGGGGUGGACAGGUAUCCCCCCCCCCCCCCCCCCCCUUUACACCACUGUGGUUUGGAGGCAGGUUGGGGUUGUAUGGCGUGAGUUUGGUGGAUAUUUUUUCUUCUUUGUUGUUGUUUUUUGGAGAUUUGGGUCAUGGGAUUCCUCUGGCACUUAAAACAGUAAGCACCUUAAAAACUAAAUGCACUUUAUCAAGAUUGGGAUUCUGACGAGGUUUUUUUUUUUUUUUUUUACAAUAUACAUUGUGUGGGUGUGGGUGUGUGUGUGUGUGUGUGUGUAGCCGUGUUUUUAAAUUUAAUUUUAUUUCCGUUGCUUGGGCUUGAUUUCACAAUCGAACUCGUCAUCCAUGUAUACAGGUGAGGAGUGUGGGCCAGCUCUCUCACACUCCAACGCAUGUAUGUGUGUGUUCGUCUCAACUGGAAGGUAUGUUUUUGUUUUUGUUUUUGUUUUGUUUGUCUUCUUUUACUAUGGCUAGGGUUUAAGAAGUGGGUGUGUGGGUUGGUGUAUAUAUGUGCGUGAGUAGGACUUUAACACCAGAGUGACCGAUGAUUUCUGUUUAACAAACAAACAAAAAAAAAUCCUUAUCAGACAUACAAAAUCCUUUCUUGAAAGACACUGUUUAUUUUCUACGUUUCUAUAAAAGGUAAAGCUAUUAAAAUGAUUUAAAAACUUGAAGAUUUGCACUUGCAUAAAAAAAUCAGAAAAAAAGACAAAAAAAAAAGACAAAGUUUAUAGAGAUGGAUAUUUUUGUGAAUAUGUGUGUGUGCGUGACUUUAAAAAUGUGUGUGAGUGCAUCAAUUUUUUUUGUAUGUAUGUAUGAGUGUGAAUGUUGUGUGAAAGUGUCAGAAAAUAAUGUUGACACAAUUAUUUUUUUCUUUGUUUUGUUUUUUUGUUUGCUUACCAAGAUGUGUGAACCAACGUGAGGCCAUUUUGUCAUUUAGUUCAAAUGAGUUUCCUCUCUGUUUAUUUUGUAUUUCUGUCAAAGAAUGUCUGUCUGUGUCGCCUCUUGUGAGGGCUCUGUGUUUGUGUGUGUUUGUGUGUGUGUGUGUGUGUGUGUGUGUGUGUGUUUGGAUCAGACAAUGAAGGGUGUGAGUGAGAAAAAGAAAGAGGGAGAGAGAGAGGGCAAUGGAACAGCCCAUCCAUUUUUUUUGUGUCAAUUUACUUUAUUCUAUUUAAUUUUUUAUCACACCAGUGCUCUCAUCCCCAGAUUGAUACCUUCUUGUCCUUUUCGUUUGCUGCCGAAAUGGCCUGCGUGCCACCCUCUCUUUCAUUAGCCAGCACUCGUUUACUCGCUUGCCUGUUGCUCUGGUGGUGGGAAGGAUGGAGGGGUGUGUGUGUGUGUGUGUGUGUGUGUGUGUGUGUGUGUGUGUGUGUGUGUGUGUGUGUGUGUGUGUGUGUGUGUGUCGAGUCAUCUCCAUCAUCUCCCUGUCGUCUCGCUUUUUUCUUCUCUUCCACUCAACCACAACUCUGUGCCUCUGUGAGGUUUCAGUAGCCGAAUGGGAUUGAGGUGGACCUUAAAUCUCUGUGUGUGUGUGUUUGUUUGUGUGUGUGUGUGUGUGUAUGCGCAACUUUACUUUUUCAUAACAUAAUGCAGAGUGAAGUAUCAUAAGCGGUACUCAUUGAAUGAGUGUGUGUGUGUAGUGUGUUUUGAGCAUUUUGCGCAAACUUGAGAGUGUGUGUGUAUGCGUUUCCACAUGUGUGCCUAUGAACUAAAAAAAGGGUCACAGUUUGCCGCAGCCAUGGAGAUUUGAGGUGGUUAUUAUGGGGUGGCGGAGCUGUUUUUUGAAUCUGUGCCUCAAUGGCUUACUAACCAUGAGAUCUUGCACGACGUGCUGUCUUUGAUCAUUCUCCGUAGGGCGUAGCACAGUCUGGAGAUGGUUCGUUUGAGAAAAAAAAAAAGAAAAAAAAAGUAGUUCAGUUUGAUUUCUCCACAGGGAUGUGAGCUUGUUGCCUUUUGUCCACUCUCUUGCUCCUGGGCGAUUGAGUUGUUCUGAUUGUGAUCUUUGCUCUAAAAGUUCAACAAAAAAAAAAGUUCAAAAAAAGAAAUAACUUGGCAUCAUACUGUGCAAAGUGCACAGAAGGUGCACACAAUGUUAGUAACUUGUUACGUAUUCAUUGUUGUUGCUAUUGUUAUUGAUUUCUUUUUAUAUAUCUCUAUAUAAAGAAAUAUAUAUGCAUUAUAUACAAAGUUAAAAGUAUUUGGACUAAGAUUAAGCACUUGGGGCUGCUAUUUUUUUCCUUCAGUUUCAUUGCCACCAUGUGAAGUGUUGUAUUAUUUCUUUCUUAAAAAAAGAAAAUAUUUGAAUGUAUUCCAAAAAAAAAAAAAAAAAAAAACGUACAGGAAAAAAAACGUGAAGCCGAAAGAUUUUGUUUUGUUCUCCGAUACUUCAAGAUACAAACACGGGGAAACGAAACCAGAGGCAACGAAGAGGCUAUAGGAGUUGAUUCUGCUUAUCUCAUACUGUUCUGGGUUGUUGUUGUCCUUGAUCUUAAUUGUGGGCAAAAAAAGGACAGGGAACAGAAAUGGACGCUUGAACACACUGCCUCUUACAGUCCUGUUAAUACAAAAAACAAUGUUAUUAUGACGAGAUAUAUAAAAAAAAUUGACUUUUUCUAUUCCUUACUGGAGAUUUUUUUGUUGUUUACAAACCAUGCGGAUUGUUUUGGGUGCAGUUAUCUUUUUUUUGAGGGAAGGAAACAUGGGGCUGCUGUAUAGACUUUUCCAGAGGCAACCCUCAAACGGACGUCAAUCACUCUGGGCGGGAUAUUCAACCAUCACUGUCAGGCCUUCCCCCUUUUGGGUGGUGAAAGCGUUGCCUGGGACGUUGAAAAUUGCAGACCCUGCCAGUAGAAAAAGGAAAAAAAAAUCUUGAGAUUCCCACAUUUUAGUUUCGUUUGAGCUCAACCCUCUCGCCUCCUUCAGGGUUUUGUUGAUUCUCCAUUUGAACUGAAUUCCUUAAUGCGUUCAGGAGUGGAGAUAACCUAAGCAUUCAAAAACAGCACACCUGAAUUUGGGGGUACAAGGACUCCGAGCUGCAGCAAGGAAACCAACAAAGAUGUCUGUCCUUUUUUGACACCUCUCUCUACCCCCACAUUUCAUGACCUGGACUAACUCCUGACAGCAUUUUGUUUUCUUUUUGAGAAACAACUCCAGGAAACAAUGGACAUAUCUUGUGGUAGAAAAUACAACAAACUAAAGAAGAAAAAUGAGAAUCCUGUAGAUAUAAUCCCUGUAUGACCUCAAGCCUACCAUCGCAUUGUAUGGGGCCGUCUGUGCAAAUGAAAGAAGCGAAGCAACCCAUCCCCAAUCCCACCCCGCCUCCCCAUCGAGGUUUUAAAAAAGGUGUUUUUGUUGAGGGCAAUUCCUGUUAAUCAUGAGGGAGUCUACAUUGAGGACUACCAGGACGUUUCCCAAUCCCUCAUGCUUACAAACAAUACACACUGCCCUGCCACUCCUGCUAUGCACUUUGUGUUGAAACUGUGAGGUUCAUCUGCAGUGGGAGGGGAGGACCACAGUAUAGGGACUGCCCUCUCACUCUAUUCAUACAAAAAAAAUAUAUUAAAAAUUAAAAAAAACUAAAACUGAACUCUUCGGAGGGAUGGAACAAUCCAUCGCCUCCUUUGUAUAUUGACAUAUUUUUGUACACCUUCCGUUUGAAAAUAGAACUAUGUGGGAAAAAAACAGGCUUGGGGCAACAGAUGAAGGAAUUUCAUUAUACAUCAUCAACAAUGAAUGUUUCUCCAAACAGUUUUUAUACAGCAGGCUGAAAACGUCAAAAUAGAAAAGAGAAAAAAAAAAACAGUACUAUAGACAUGGGUCCUGACUUGAAUCCCCGUUGUUGUUUAAGGCGGGGUGGACCUAAUUAGGAUGGGACAUAUUGCUGAAUAGUAGAAACAAAGCCGGAUGAUCUUAGUGCCACAGACUGACAAUGACUGCACCCUCGGUCCCGCCUGUGGGGAGCAAAACAGUAGCAGGAAAACCUAAGAUUGAGAGGCGAAAAAUUCCUUGGUUGAGUCUUUGGGAAGAGACUUGGAGAAGGUGGUUGGUGGAAUUGAAGACGUUCCUGAUGUCAUCCUUCACAGAUCCUUGGAGAGCUGUUGGUUGGAGCUGCAGGACUAUCAAAUUGGGUUGUCUCGAUCCAAGGAGCUUAGGAUCCAGAGCAUCUCGUAUCAUCCUUUCCUCUUCCCUUUUCUCCACCCCUCUCUUCUGUCCCGUCUCUCCACCCGUCUCUUCUAUCCUGUCUCUCUACCCCUCUUUUCUGUCCCGUCUCUCCACCCCUCUCUUCUAUCCUGUCUCUCCACCCCUCUCUUCUGUCACGUCUUACCCCCUUCUUAUGAUUUCCUUACUUUACGUCCUCCGGAGUUCAAAUGGAUGGCUUGGAUAGUGGUUGGCUCUAGGACUGGGAGCCAAGAGAAAAACACGUUACAAGACUAAAGAGGAACACCUGACCAUUUGCCAUGAAGCCGAACCAGACGACCCUGCUAGAAUCAAGGGGGUCCUCUGGUGUGUCCUCUGCUGUACGCCAUCGCUCUGGACUUUAACCCAACCCCCCCAAUCUUUUCUCUCUCUGGACCUUGGAAGACACCUUGAAACUAGGGAGUUGGAAGUUCAAAUCUUAUGGGAAGGUGAUCACCUCGGCUUUGAGGAACAUAACCCUUGGACAAAUCAAGGAGAUACUUGAGGACAUAAUCCUUGCCGACUGCCAGACAUUAGUGUGGGUUGGUGUGGCUGGGCAUGUCCUGUUAUCGGGUGGAACUCUGAGCGGAGUGACCCAAUCAAGACCUUGACUGAAACGAGGCCACUCCAUGCAUCCCACGACCACACAUUCAGCUGCAAAGGGUCCUUCAGACCCUUAAUGUGUGGAGAUGUAAGGUGCUGAUGGUGAUGGCUGUGAUGUCAGGACGGAAUAGAUGCUCAUGCAACUAGAGCUUGCAUUGUAACUUUUCACAGAUACAUGUACACACACACACACCACACACAUGUUCUCCACACACGGUUGACACCAAGCAGCAACGUUCUUGAACCACAUUUGACUUAAAAUAUCCCCGUUUGGACAAAAGCGCCAAAUCAAUUUCAAAGCUCCAAAAAGCAUGUGUGUGGUCACUGGGAUAUGAUGUGACCAUAUAAUGUAGUCAAGGUCCCUCAGUAUACGGGGUAUAUAAAGGUCUCUCUGCUGCUCCAGCUAGUUGACCACAUUAGACCACUACACUACCAACACAUAGUCAAAUCCUCAGACGCACAGGUCAUAAAACCCCCAUACGCACACAGCUUACAAACACACAUACAAGCUCCCUACAUACACGUUGGCUGCAAACAAACACACAUACUCAAACGCCAGUCUUUUGAAAGGUGGACUCUGUAUAUACUGUACAAAGUUGUAUCCAUUUCUCCAUUGUGGAUUUUUCUUAACAUGUCUUUUGUUUUUCCUGAUCAACAUGCCUUAACUGUACAGAAUACCAUUGAGUGACACAGAAGUGCUGGUGUCUUUGGAAAGCAAUUUGGAAACUGAAGUCAUGUAGAAGAGUGUUCGUCACGAUCAAUGUUGUGGAAUUCAGGGUUGAGAAGUUUGGUUUGAGCCCAUUGGUUUAGCCGUUCUGUAACCCUGUCAACAACUGAUAAAAGUGUCUGUAUACAAGACCAUUCUCUUAAUUGACAGCGAAGACAAUGGUAAAUAAGAGACAAAAAAAAGAGUGUCUGGUGAUAGUGGUUUGCCUUUCUUUUUUUUUCCUGAAACGAGUGACUUUGUAAAGAUUUCCAGUUUUAAACGCCUCUACAUGUAGCUGAAUUCGCAGGCGGGAGACGUAAGAGGCUGUGCAAUGCAAAGAUGGGCUGGGCUGAGCUGACUGGGAAGGGCUAGCACGCUAAUAUUAGCAUGUUUAAGGUUUCGCCUUGCCACACGCUGACCCUUUAAACACGUUAUUGGAUCCUUUGGGUGUGAAAUUGCUCAGACAAUUGGAUGACUGUCCUCUAUGGUUAGUGCAUUAUGCAGUUUAUUUUUUCUUUCUUUUUUUCUUGCAAUUGUGGAUUCAUUGCCAGUCCUCGUCUGACUAUGUGAAUUGUGGUCUAUGAAGAACACGAAGGCUGCUUUGGGCCCCAGCUGAUGUUACAGGCCGGCUUUCGAUCAUUUGGUGUGCUUGUGUGACAGCCCUGACACUAGGCCACUGAUUGUUAUCCGUUUGGCUGAUUGAGUAGAUGACUCCACUGUUAGCAAAAUAAUUUUUGUACCCAACUUUGUUUUGAUGGUAAAAAAAAUAAGUGCUAUUUCCUUUCCAAUAUUGUUUUUUUUUUCCAAGGUAAUACUUAAUUCAAUACUUGUAAUAACAAUACCAACAACACAAAAGCGUGCCCGAAAAUCUAGUUGCAUAAUGCAGUUUUAAGGGAGUUAGUAGAUGAUGGAUGGGUUUAAUGUUAGUAAGUCUUGGCUGUGUAGUAUGCCAAGAUACAUCUCUUCCAAAGUCUAUUGUUUGUUAUGCAUGAUGCAUAAUUGGAUAGCCCUCCCUAACCAUUGGAUAUAUUUACCAAAAGUUGAUGGAAUACCAGUGAUUGUUUGAACAUGUUAUUUGAGGUGAAAAUAAACUAUUUUGUCUGCAAAAUAAGUGUACGGUGAUUAGCCAAUAAUGCAUUUCCAAACCGGUUCUGCUAAUGAUUGUCACUUCAUGUUGCGGUAGAAUUCGUUUAAGUAUUAAUGUAUCUUGGAAGGGAAAGAGUUACAUUAACUGUCAUUUGAAUCAGAUUUUAUUUUAAUAAUUUGCCUUUUCUUCUUGACCAGUCAGCUCAACUCUCCUGCUUACAAUUUAUGAAUGUUUUAGUGAUAACAGAGUUAAUUGGAGAAGAACAACAACCAACAUAAAAUUGUAUAUAGUUUGUUUGUUUGUUUGAAGAGAUCAAAUGAUUAAAUAAAUACAAUUAAAGAGA